AUGACGAAGAACUCGCUAGCGUUUUCCAAAGACGAAGCCGUCAUCAUGGACCAUGUAGCAAGGGCAGCGGUUAAUUUAGCAGUAUUACGAAGACAUGAUAGAACUAUUGUAGAGAUUAUGGAUAACUCUAGUCACGUAGUGCUGUACAAGUUCUCUAACGAGCAGAAGACGUGGGUAUGUUUGGAGAGUACACGGUGUGGCAUUGAAGUGAAGGGAGUAUGGGAUGAAAGUGAGCGAGGAUCAAAGCGAAUUCUGCCCGAUUACAUUUACUUAAUGGUGUGCACAUUCAUUAUUCAUCCAACACAGACAAAGAAAGGUGUUGAAGGCACAAUGUUUGUCUUUAAGAGGUGUAUACAGCCCGUAUUCGGCUUUGUCGUAAUGAAUCGUCUCGGAAUUGACAACGUAAUGCUUCAUCUAACCGAUAAGAUGGACAUCGAGUUCCAGGAUGAUUACAUCAUCUAUCGUACCGAUGAUGAUGAUAUACAUGGCAUAUGGGUUUAUGAAGCGAAGGAUCGGGAAAGGAUUGGGAAGUUGAUGAUGGAAUGCUGUCAAAUGCAUAAAACAAUCGUUCCACCACCACAACUAGCGCAAUCGCCAAUUAUUCUCCAUGUCCAAGAGAACGACUCUGCAUCUACGAAUACACAAACGGGAACCGCGACUUCAGGGAAGGAACUGUUAGAUGCAUUGUUUGCUAGUGCUGCAGAAGGAACACAGACCUCAGGGCAGACCCCACCGAUAAAUAUGAGAUUUAAUUCCUCCGUCUCCCAAGCAAUAUCUUCUAUACACACGCCUCAAUCUGCCUCACCACCGCCCGGCUCCGUGAUUCCAUCAUCUACAUCUACAACGUCACUCAAUAAAUCGCUUUUAGAUCUUCUUUGCACCCCAACUAAACAUCAACAAUCCUCACAACCACAAACAUCACAACCAAGUACUCCAUUCGCAGUCUCAUCAAGCAACCAGAAUUAUCUCAUUUAUUCUACUCUGCAUUCGGAAGGUGUCUCUAACGCAUUAAUGUCAAGAGAAGUAGACUUGGUUGUUGCUGGAUUAGGCAACCCGGAGGAAGAAUAUGCAACGACACGGCAUAAUGCUGGAUUCAUUUUUAUUGAUUACCUCGCAAAUAAAAUGGCACUUGCUCAAGGUGAAGGCAAUGAUGGUCCUCCAGCGUUUUACAGACGAUUCGAUUUGAAUGCUGAUGUGAGAGACACCGUGUUUACGGUAACAUACGAAAGCGGUUCGUCUUCAGUCACGAAUUCUUUUAGGGUUAUUCUGAUGAAGCCAUUAACGAACAUGAACGAGUCCGGAGUUGCCGUUCAGAAAGUAUUGCAAAGAUAUAACGUCAGUGAUUUGAAGAAGCUGAUUGUAGUUUCGGACGAUUUAAACACUCAGCCUGGAACAUUGAUGAUCCAAGUUGGAGGCCAUCUGGGCGCAAUGGCAGGCCAUAAAGGAAUAGAAAGCGUAGCAACGAUAUUGAAUAGCCUAAACUUUAUAAGAUUCAGAUUGGGUAUUGGGAGACCAUACGACUCUACGUCAGUAGCUGACUGGGUAUUGGGACCAUUCUCAAAAGAGAAGAGAGAAAUGAAUCUCUUUGGUCAUCUCCUUGAUUUGACGUCUCGAGCCCUAUAUGAUUAUAGUAUUCAUCAUGAUAUCAAACGCGUGAAAAAGAAAUUCGCCCAGGCUAAAAGACUGCCCAAUAACCUUCCAAACAUGGAAGGGCUAUAUUUCCCUACCCAAAUCCAUAAUAUAUGA